AUGAGUCCCGAAGUGUUGAAGGCCAGACUUGGCCGCGACUGCAAUCAAGUUGGAUGGGGGGCCGAGUUGGAUGUAGCCGACUGCUUCUAUCAGUUUGAGAUGAAACAGCUUGCCAAGUGGUUCGGCAUUGAUGAUCCCCGCAAAACUGCAGAUUGGGCAAAGGCAGGUGUUGACAUCACUGAAGUUUACGAUGAAGACCUGGAGACCAUGGUUCUGCUAAACGAUGAUACAGUGGUAUACCCUGUGAUUGGUGCAAUGCCCAUGGGAUGGACGUGGGCUCUCUUCUUUGCUAACGAAACGGUCGCCGCGAUAGCCCGUGCGACUGCACCUGAGCGACCACUGGAGUGCCGUGAGAAGCUGCCAACGCCACAACUUUGGGAAGGUGAGACCAUUACCUCCACCUAUGUUGAUAAUGUUAAGAUCCAGGAAGUGGCUCGUGUCCGUGAGAAAUGGAGGUUCAUCCCAAUGCCUGAUGACUUCAAAUCUGCCAUUGAGUUUUUUAACAGGCCUGGUAAUCGGGGUGAGGUUGAAAGCCGUGAGCACAUCAAGGCCUUUGUCAGAGCCGGAGUGGGGCCCAACACUGAGUAUGGAGUUUGGCUUCAGCAAGCUUUGGUUGACGGAAAUUGGUUGCAGACAAGUCCGAUUGUUUCCCAGUUCAAAGCUGUUAGAAAGAGGCGUGAGGAUGUUGAGGUCCCGGCAUUGGUGGAACCAAUUCCUUCUGAUAUGGUGAGCGAAGGUUCAUACAAGUUGCUUUGGAUGCGCAAAUGGCGGAAUCCCGAUGAACACAUCAAUAUCAAGGAAGGUCGGGUCUCCUCGAUGAAGUUGCUUUCGGGCACCACUCAAAAGCGGAAAUCGCACAGCGAAAAGCCAGAAAAAUUCGAGCAACGUUUGCUGUGUGGAUCCUUCCUCAGUGUGGCUGCCACUUCUGCCAGGCUUUGGGAAGAGCUCGGCUCCCAUGCCAAUUCCGUCCCAAUCCAUCACCGGAAGACGCAGCCUGGCUGUGGUGUGACGACCGCAUGGCUCGACACCGAGGAGGUGGCGCCGGCCAGUGUGCAGCACGCCCACUGGGCGAGUCAGUGGGCAUUUGCCAGCUGGCAACACUUCCAGCGCCAGGCGGGCGCGAGUUUGCCGCCGGGCAAGCGUGCACUGAGAGCGUGA